UCGGCCGAAGACUACUACAAGACGUUGGGAGUGGAGAAGAACGCGUCGGCGAAGGACAUCAAGAAGGCGUACUACCAGUUGGCGAAGAAGUGGCACCCGGACACCAAUAAGAACGACCCGACGGCCGCCAAACGCUUCCAACAGGUCUCCGAGGCCUACGAAGUGCUCUCCGAUGACGGAAAGAGACGACAGUACGACCAGUUCGGCACUGCGGCCAACAAUAUGGGCGGUCCGGGCGGCGCCGGCCAAGGGUUUAAUGGUUUCCAGGGCUUCCACUCGAAUAUAGAUCCCGAAGAGUUGUUCCGCAAUAUAUUUGGCGAUUUUGGCAAAGGUUUUGGCGCUCAGUCGGGCGCCGAGUCCUAUGACUUCGAGUACGCGGCGCCCCAAGAGAUCCAACUGAGUCUCAGCUUCAAAGAGGCGGCCAAAGGCUGCACCAAAGAGAUUAACAUCUCUGUGAUGGACACGUGUCCGAAGUGUAAC